AUGGCCGCGAAGUCGGAUGGAGGCGCCGCCGCGGCCGGCCCGGGCCCGGAGGGGGCGGCCGGCGGGGCCCGGGCCGGCUCGGGGCCUCCGGGGGCUCUGGGGACUGGGGCUGGGGCUGGGGCGGGGCUGCUCUUGGUGGGGGGACGGCGGCCCCGCUACAGCCUGUGGGACUGUUGCUGGGCGCUGUGCGCGCUGCUAGUCUUCUUCUCCGACGGGGCCACCGACCUGUGGCUGGCGGCUGACUAUUACCUCCAGGGCCGGCACAUCUGGUUCGGCCUCACGCUGCUUUUCGCGUUGCUGCCCUCCCUCGUGGUGCAGCUGCUCAGCUUCCGAUGGUUCGUCUAUGACUACUCGUCCGCCGGAGCUGGGCCAGGUGCAGCCGCGACCGCCUUCAGCACCAAGGACAGCACCAGCGCUAGCGUCAGCGCCAGCGCCGCCUUCAGCACGAAGGACAGCGGUCCCGGCCCGGGUCCUGCCGUGCCCGCCCCUCCCGCUCUAUCUGGCGCCCGGCGGCCCCACCGCCGCUGCUGCCGCCUCUGCGUCUGGCUCCUGCAGUCGUUAGUUCACGUCCUGCAGCUCGGUCAGGUCUGGAGGUACCUCCGGGCCAUGUACCUGGGUCUGCAGAGCCGCUGGCAUGGGGAGCAACUGAGGCGCCACUUUUACUGGCGCAUGAUGUUCGAGAGUGCCGACAUCAGUAUGCUGCGCCUGCUGGAGGCCUUCCUGAAGAGCGCCCCACAACUUGUGCUACAGCUCAGCAUCAUGGUCCUCCAGGGACACAUCGAGGCCCUGCAGGGUCUCUCAGCCUCAGCCUCACUGGUGUCGCUGGCCUGGAUAAUCGCUUCUUAUCAGAAGGUGCUUCGGGACUCAAGAGACGACAAGCGUGCCAUGUCUUACAAGGGGGCUAUAGUCCAGAUCCUCUGGCACCUCUUCACCAUAGCCGCUCGAGCCUUGGCCUUCGCACUCUUUGCCAGCGUCUUCCGGCUCUACUUUGGCAUCUUUAUUGUUGCCCACUGGUGUGUCAUGACCUUCUGGGUCAUCCAGGGGGAGACAGACUUCUGCAUGUCCAAGUGGGAAGAGAUCAUCUACAACAUGGUGGUGGGCAUCAUCUACAUCUUCUGCUGGUUCAAUGUUAAGGAGGGACGCAGCCGCUGCCGGAUGUCCAUCUACUACUGUAUUGUCCUGGUGGAGAAUGCCGCCCUGACUGGCUUCUGGUACUACAACCACAACUUCCCCACUGACUUCAGCGCCUUAAUCAUGGUGUGCGUGGUGGCUGCUAGCUAUGCCCUGGGCAUCUUUUUCAUGCUUGUCUAUUACUGCCUCCUGCACCCCAAUGGGCCCAUGUUUGGUCCCCAGGCUCCCGUGGGCAUCUUUCCUGAGGCUGUGGGCGCUGGCCCUUCUGGUCCCUCUGCUGAUGCAGUUACCAGCCCCCCACGGUCUCUGCCCCGGACUACAGGUGGAGAGCGGGACGGGGUCCCUGGAGACCGUGACAGUGGUACACCGGCUGUGUUCCAGGUCCGGCCCAGCCUCCCUGCCACACCAGUGGCCCGCACCCCCCGGACAGAGGGGCCUGUGAUCCGAAUAGACCUUCCCCGAAAAAAGUAUCCAGCAUGGGAUGCCCACUUUAUAGACCGCCGGCUGCGUAAGACCAUUCUGGCACUUGAGUAUUCAUCCCCAGCUACCCCUCGCUUGCAAUACCGAAGCAUGGGGGCCUCCCGGGAGCUACUGGAGUAUGAGACCACGGUGUAGGCUGCUCUACAACCAUCAGGGUUGGGGGAUAAGGGAUGAGGAAAUUGAGGCCCUGGAAUGGGAAGUGAUUUGUCGAAGCUUACACAGGAAGUUAGCUCCAGAGGAGGAACAGAACGCAGGUUUAUUGACACCCAGCCUCCAGUUCUUUCUCCUAAACCAUGAGCCUGCACUCAGGUGGACGCUGUCUCUACUAAAGUGUGUGUGUGUGGGGGGGGGAGUGUUGAAAGAUGGUCAGGACUUAGAGUGCAAAGUAACUCCCAAUGUGCACACAAGUAUACACACAGAUAACAUGCAUCUCUGUAUACACGCACAUACCCCACACACAUAACACUUGAUGCAACCCCCACUGAGCACACAUUCCAUUUUUUCCCAAAUAUCCGCACAUGGUGAAAUCGUGUAUAGACCCCAUCAUGCCAACACCCAGAGCUGCUUUUUUGACUUCUCCCCACCUUCCACAUCUAUGCCUGGGUGAAUCCCAACAUGGGGUUCCAGGCAGCAUGUGGUUGAAUGAGGGGGUUAAGAUCAGAUUGGGGUGGGACCUAAACCCAGCCAGACCUGCCCCAAGAGAAGCACGCCCAUUGCUCAGCCAAGAAUGGCUUUCUGGAUCCCCUGGCCUGAAUCACCUUUUUAGAGAGGAGGAAAUUUAAGAUUCAGAGAGAGAUUGGGAUUGUCCAAGGUCAUGUAGCUAGUGAGAGUCAGAGCCAGGGAUGGAAUAUACACUUCCCUUUUUCUAAGGGUCUGUGCCAGAGACCAGACAUGAGCCUGAAAAAUUAUCCGAGUCUGGGACUCCCUAGGGGUCUUAGAAAGAAAAUGGGAAAGAAUUAUCUUCCUUCUCAUUCCCUAGAGUGCUCAGCUCCCAAAGACUCCAAAUCCAAUGAAAGCCUCUGUCUACCAACAGAUUGUGCAAAGGAAUUCAAGAGCCCCAAGGUCCAGGGGGCAGCCCUAGAUGAAAAAAUAAGGUUUGGGUCACUACAGCUUCUAGGCUAUCAGGCUCUAGGGCUCUCCCGGCUUUGGGCCUAAAUCUAAAAUGCUUCCAAACCAGUCUGGAAGUCUCACUAUCACAGGCUUAUAGAAUUCAGACCUUGAAGGGACCUUGGAGCUUAACUAGUCUGAACCCCUUAUUUUACAGAAAAGGAAACUGAGGCCCCCAUGGGGGGGGGGAAUAAAGUGAUUUGUCUAAUGUUAGACAGCUACUAAGCAGCAGGACCUGAAUUCAAAACCAGGUCUCCAGGAGUCAGAGUUGGAAGGGACCUUAGAGAUCAUCUGGUCCAAGUUCUUAUUUCAGUGCCGAGGAAACUGAGGUUGAGACUCAAACUGUUGGUGAAUGGUACCUGAAAUCCAGAUCUCCUGACUCACAGUCUGGGGUACUUUAUGUGAUUGUUUCUUAGCUCUGGCAUUGGCCCAAUCCUGGGGGGGAGG